AUGAGUGUUUUACCAAAAGAUACUAUCAAAGUAAUUGCAGAAUGUGUCGGUAUUUCAAAUUUAAAUGAUGAGAUAGCAACUCAGUUAGCUUCCGAUGUAGAAUAUAGAAUAAGAGAAAUCGCUCAAGAAUCAAUUAAAUUUAUGAAACAUGCAAAGAGAGAAUAUUUGACAACAGAUGAUAUCAACAAUGCAUUGAAACUAAGAAAUAUAGAGGUGUUAUAUGGAUACGGUGCAAGUGAACCAUAUAAAUUCUCAAAGGUAUUGAGUCCUUCACAAGCAAUCUAUUUCGUUCACGACAAAGAGUUGCUCUUUCAAGAUAUCAUUGCACAACCACUGCCGAAAUGCCCGCGUGAACCAUCGUUGGCAGCACAUUGGCUGGCGCUCGAAGGUGUACAACCUCUAAUUCCACAGAAUCCACCACCACAAUCAAUGUUGGAUCCUUUCAACAACAAAAAGUUAAAGUUGGAUCCAUCGUCACAAUCUUCGGGUGGUUCAGGCGGCGUCGGAUCUGGCAGCGGUGGUGGUGUCGACUCUGGCGCAAGCGGUAACAACAACAGCAACAGCAACAACAACAACAACAACAACAACUCAGCAGCAGUAGUAACACCUGUUUCUACAUCGAUCGAAGCUGUUCGACGCGGUACUCGUCAGCUUGAAGACCGACUCUUCUCUACACCAACUGCUACCGUACUUUACCAACUUUAUAUCGUUGCAAGUCACACAGAAUCUCACGGAUCUGCCGUUGCUCAUGCGUCUCAUGCGUAUGUGCAAAGCGAUAUUGGAAUCGGAUCAUUUGCGUGCCGAGUUUUACCUGCACCAGAUGAUGCCGCCCAUCGUUACAUGUCUGAGCUGAACAAUCAUAGCAAUGUCGAUAAACAAUUUGAAGCAUCAAAAGUAUUCAAUUCAUUAACUGUUGCAGUUGGUAAUUAUCUAUCAUGGUUAACAGAAGGUGAGAAUAUAUUGACAGUAUUGGAUUUGGAGAAACAAAAGUCACCUGUAUCAUUUGAUAUUGAUUCAGUAUCGGCAAAUAUUCAAAAGAUAUACCCAGAACUAUUUGAAAUAUUUGGUGAAAAGUUAUCAGUAUAUUUAAAGAAAUCAUCCGAUUCAAUGGAUACUUCAAGUAUUGAUAACAACGGAAUGAUAUUGUAA